AAGAGAGGCAGACCUGUAGAGAGAGAGACUGAUAUAAGUCUCAGUUAUUGUAAAAGACAGACACGGCUUUAAUCAAACAUGAAGAAGUUUUACAGCUGUCUGCUGAUCUUUCUGGAGUUUUUGUCAUCAACUCCAGAAACAGUGAAUGGAUAUGAAGUAAACCUGGCAAGAGGAGGACAUGUUAUUCAGUCAUCGACAUAUCUGGAACAUUUUGCUGAAAAUGGUGUUGAUGGCAAUCCAGAUACAACGUGCUUUGAAACCAUUGUUGGGAGUGACCCAUGGUGGAGAUUAGAUCUGCGUGAUGUUUACUGUGUCAGCAGAGUUAUCAUCACAAACAGAUUGGUCUGCUGUUCAGAUUUCAUAAAAGGUGCAGAGAUUCGCAUCGGAAACUCUUUAGAGAACAACGGCAACAACAAUCCACUAUGUGCUGUUAUUUCUGCUAUUCCAGCAGGUGAGUCCAACAGUUACUCAUGUAAUGGAUUGGAGGGGCGUUAUGUGAAUGUCUUUCUUCCUGGAUCUGAACAGAUUCUCACUCUGUGUGAAUUGGAGGUUUAUAAAGCAGAUCGCUGUGUUAAAAGGUCCAUGGUAAAGAUGAAGUUUAGCUCAAGUGCUGAUCUGACGGACACUACAGUGAGAAAUAAUCUACUGAAACAGUUGGAAACUGCUCUGGAUAACAAAGGAUUGAAAAAUGUGACGGUGCUGUGGUCUCAAGUCCCUAAAAAGGAAGUGAUCACGGUGAAAAAUGUAAAACCUUGCAGUGGAGAAAAGUAAUAAUCUGGCGUUUAAAACUGUCUCUGAGAAACUCAAUGUACAUUUUAUUGUAAUUGGUAACACUUUAUAAUAAUGUUCUGUUGUAAAACAUUUAUAAGUUAUUAAUUAAUAAUAAACUAAUUAUUUUUUUAAAUAUUACUAUACAUUCAUAAAUGAUUAUGAUUAUAAAGUGAUAUGCUAACAUUUCAUGAAUGUUUUGCUAAUAAGUUUUAAGUCAUUUAUAGAUGAAUAGUUAAUAAUGAACUAAUCAUUU